AUGGGAGUGUUCAUGUACUUUAUCCUGGAUGCCAUGUUAUCCAGACCCCACCAGCCAGGGAUCCCAAGUUGGUCUUUUAUGGAUAGUGAGCACACUGAGGCAGCAAACAGUAGCAGCGAACACCAAGAAGCAGCAAACAGUAGCAGCGAACGCCAAGAGUUAGCAAACAGUAGCAGUGAACGCCAAAAGGCAGCAAACAGUAGCAGCGAACACCAAGAGGCAGCAAACAGUAGCAGCGAACACCAAGAGGCAGCAAACAGUAGCAGCGAACACCAAGAGGCAGCAAACAGUAGCAGCAACACAGUAGCAACAGUAGCAGCACACCAAGAGGCAGAGGCAGCAAACAGUAGCAGCGAACACCAAGAGGCAGCAAACAGUAGCAGCGAACACCAAGAGGCAGCAAACAGUAGCAGCGAACACCAAGAGGCAGCAAACAGUAGCAGCGAACACCAAGAGGCUGCAAACAGCAGGAUACGAACAUCAGGAGGGAGCAAACACUCAUCUCUUGUCUCUCGUGGAGAUUGA